CGCCCCUUCUCCCUCUUCCCCUCCUCGCGUCCCCCCACAAAUCGCAUCUUCGACCCCAUCCGCCAACCCAACGACCUGCACACCUUGACUCUCCUCAAUGCCGCCGACAACCGCGCCCUGAUCACCUUCUGGACAGCCUCCUGGUGCCAAACCUGCCAAGCUAUUAAGCCUCUGUUGCGAAAAUUGAUUGAGGAAGAGAAAGUGGGGGAGAGGGAGGGCGGGCUGGGAUUUGUGGAGGUUAUGAUGGAUUCAGUGCUGAUUGAGGAUUUGCCGAUUAGGUAUCGGAUUAGUAGUAUGCCGACGUUGCUGGCGUUUAGUCGCCAGGAAGCGCAGUUUGAUACGAGGUUGACGCGCCCUGAGGAGAUGCGGAAUAAGGAGUUUCUGAGGGAGUGGUUGGUAAAGGAGGCGUUGAGGGGUGGGAGGAGAGGGGGUGGU